UAUAUACUAUGAAUCCAACACUCGUUCAUACAUUCAUAACUUGGAACAUCUUCAUAAAAUCACAAGUUUUAGUUUUCAACAAGUAGCAUCGCGUUACCCAACGAAAAGAGAAGUCGACGAACGAACACUUUACGUACAUCUAAUAUCACUGUGUAAUAGCGGGUGGCAAACUGCCGCAAAGAAACCAACUGAAAUUUAACUUUAUCAUCGUCGGCGAGCCCGCUCGCGGUGUAUCCGCCAUACUCCGACAUACGUCAAACCAUGGCCGUGCAGGCUAGACGGAAUAGUGUGGCUGCCACAUUUAGUAUAUUUUUACACCGCGCUCUCGUUGCGCAGCGAUGUCCCCUCGACCCUCUUUCUUUCUCUCCGUCUCGCUCCCUCUCUCUCUCUCCCUCUCGUUUCUUCCUCCCUUCGCCGGCGUCUCUCUCUCUCUCUCUCUCUCUCUCUCUCUCUCACCCUUUCUCUCCCGCGUGUGUACCAGGUAAUUGGGUGUGAAAUGAAAUCUAACGAAAACCCUUUUAGGCGUGUGCACAGUCGCUCGGCUGUCGGCAGAGUAGCCCGGCACCCUCCUCCGCUCGCACCACCCUUCCCGUUCUCGAUACUGCACACCUACGCUUUUCCUCCUGUUCUCCAUCCGCUACCAGCGGCGAUAGGCGUCCUGUGUGUAUCACGAUCGCAGCCAGAAACAUCGGAUGUUUCGACUCGUUUCGAGUCAUCGUCAACGAUCAAAUGGUCUUGUGGAACUCGAUUCUCUGGUCUCAUAUUGUCAAUUUCGAGUUGCGAAAUUCAAAGAUUUUAAAAUAAUCAGAAACAAAAAGAGUUUAAUUUGAUUUACACGAGAAGAAAGGUGGUAAAACUGUCGAUAAAAAAAUCAAUAAUUGUGGUUAAAUUGAUAAAACAAAGGAUAAACCAUAAACAUGUUAAAUUAAAUUAUGUAAUGGUAAAACCACAAAUAAAUUCUAUUCAAUUUUAAUAAAAAAACGUCAUGAAAGCUUAGCACGUGAUCAGGCGAGCUCCGUGCGAUAGCACUUAUAAAUAUAAGAACACAAAUGAUAUUUUGGAAGUUUGUCUAGUUUGACGCUUCAAGACACAGAAAGAAAUAUGUCACGUUACAAUAAUGCUGUCGUGAAAAGAAUUGAUUCUCGAUAAAGUGAACUUUUAUCCUGUUAACGUCACAUUUAUGUCGUAAAGAAUAUUGAAAGACCUCGCGAGAGAACGGGCAUGGAGCAUCGAAAACGCUGGACGAGACACGAGAGCGAGUUUUAUGCGUGGCGAACACAAUCGACCCGCAAUGACUUUUAACGCAAUCGUGAACAUGUCUUGAACAGUAAAAGGGAAGCCGAGACUGGACGGGAGAGCGAGACCCCUGGUCAACCUGGGUUUGCUUUAUUGGCUCGUAAACGACGAGCCACGUCGAAGAGGAAGCCAGCAGCCCUUCAUGGCCGCACGUGUACAGAUACGCGUUUUACGCGUAUUUGUUUGCGGCUCUCCAAUUACGUUCGGGUUUCACGAGACGUACGUAAGAAUGGACACGUUGCAUAAUCGCACCAUCCACCGGACGGGACGGACGAGGCGAACGCAAGUGGGACAUGAAUCAUUGCGAGUGGAGUGCUUCGUUCGUCCAGAAGCUAAAUCUCCCGUUAAAUUUCAGCGGCUAUACGGACGCGUCUAUAAAUUUGCAUAACGAUCGCUGUCGCCUACGUCGUUCGCAUUGCCCGAGCAUGUAAACGGGGACUGUAGUUCGCUUAUGUUUUCAAUCGACCACUUUAAACAUGCGGAUUGAGCUGUAAAUCAUUUUCGUUUAUUGAUAAAUAUAAGUGAUCAUUUUCAUGCUGCUUCAUAAUAUUAAUUAUAUUAAUUUAUAUUUAUUAAUUGUACCUAAUUGUGUAAUUGUUAUGCAAUAAUUAUCGUGAGUUUACGAAUGUAAGUGUUUCUUUCUACGAGCUAUCAGCGGCCCACCAACAUCAAAUAGUCCAACUACCAAUUUUUUCAUAGUAUUUCGAGUAUUGUGCAAUAAUUAUGAUCAUUUUCAUGCUGCUUCAUGAUAUUAAUUAUAUUAAUUUAUAUUUAUUAAUUGUACCUAAUUGUGCAAUUGUUAUGCAAUAAUUAUCGUGAGUUUA